GGAUCUCUACCUGCACAGUGUUAUGCGAUGGCACUGACAAAAAAUAUUUUCUCGUCUAAUUUGUCUCGUUUUGCAUUUUUUGUUUGACAUUGCCGAGUCGGAUUUCUUUUAUUAAUUUGUUUAUUUUGCUCUAGAACUAUAUUUUUGGAUGGGGAGCCGGCACUUUGCGGAGAAGGAUUUAGCUGGAGCGCUUUUACGCAUUUGAAAUAUUGGAGUGUCGUUGAAGAUCCCAUUUUACAACAAUAAAGAAAGGAAAAAUCUUCCCGUUGACGAGAAACUGUGCUUUAUAUGCGCUGCACGAUGAAGUACGGACCGGUGGUUCUGUCGGCUGGGUUUACAGGUUUGCUCAGUUUUUGCCUCCUCGCCGUAGCGAUUGGGACUGAUUAUUGGUACAUAAUCGAUGUGAACAAACCCAACUACACAGGUUCAGAUGACCUGAGUUCCCAUUCUGGACUGUGGAGAAUUAUUGAAGGAGCAAACUGGAGUUCAGUCACCCCCUCUUUCACAGCAAAUAUGUCCAACCUGACAGAGGCAGAAAGGCACCUUGUCGGCUUGCACAAAGUAGUGGUCAUUUUGUUGCCCCUCAGCCUCGUCCUCCUGGUGUUUGGCUGGAUCUUUGGACUUGUCAGCUCGUUGGCCUCCAGUCCAAAGUUGCUGGCUGCGUCAGCAUCCUACUUUCUCCUCUGCAGUCUUUUCACCUUGUCUGGGGUUAGCGUCUACAUCAAAUACUCCAAUCAGGCCAUGGAGGAGUUCCAGCGAACUGUGCCCCCAGAGAAUCUCGUCUAUGUGAACGUGUCGUUUGGCUGGUCAUUAGCCACAGCCUGGCUCUCCUACAGCCUGGAGGUGGCAACAGGCCUGCUGCUCAUGCUGGCUGCCAGAAUAACACAAAUGAAGGGACAUUAUGACUCUGGUGUAGCCAUUGCCAUGUUAUAGAGUGGCACAUUCUGGUUUCUGAGUGAAACUAAAGAAAGCUUCAAUUUUUAUCGACUUGAUUUUAUUUAUUUAUUUGACUAAAACAGUUGGUCACACAGGCCAGGAAUAUAAACCGUUCUGCAAGCUGGCUUUACAAAACUGCAACUGUAGACACAGAUGCUGUUGAACAUCUGCUUCAUCAUUGUUUUCAGAGGCUAGCUGUGAGGCCUUGUUAUCCUCUUGGUAACAUUUUCUUUCCAUACCGUCCUUGUAUACCGUGAUGUUGUAGAGUAAAUCAAACCCAGACAUGAAAACUAAGCUUACUCUUCCGAGUAGUUACUGUAAAGAUUGGCAGUUUUAUUGUCUUAUUUUUUAUUUUUUUUAAAUGUGCUCACAUGUUUCAGGCUCGGUGCUGUAUAAUUUGGUAAGCUUUAAGCAAAGGACCAGUUAUAUUUUAUGGUUUAAUUGGUUUGAUGCAUGCUCGAUAAGACUUGAGAGGACUCGAAUAUGGUUUAGUGUAUUUAAGCAUGUGUGCAUCAGUAGUGUCAAGUACUUCAUUCAAGUGGAAACGCUGCUGAUUCUGCAAAAGUAAACCACCAGGCAUUUAAAAAGCCACCCGGGAGACUAGACAGUAUCAGACUGUAGUUUCUAUCAUUUCUAACACUACAUAAAAGAAUUACUGCUACACCGUUUCUCCAAAUGCCAGGGGAAAUUUGCAUUGCACAGCUUUUUGAAACCUCCAAAGAAAUGAUGUAGACGUCAAGUCAUUUGGUGCUGAGAGUUUGACUAAAGCAACAUCUAAAUGUUAGUUUGUGCGUCUGUCUUAAACACUUCUGUAGCUAACCCACCAGUCCUUACAUUAAUCAUGGAAAUGAGGUUAAAGAUAAGUGCACUCCUGGGGCAACUGCAAGUUAUUUUCAGCAGUAAAGAAUAUGUGCAUGUGUCGCUGCCUGCUUUACUGUCGCCAAUGACUCAAUAUUGUGAGAUUCUGUCUGUAAUUCAAAUAAAGUGAACACUGUGAAAAACACAACAUUAAGCAUUUGCUGUAAGACUUUAUGUUGUCGUCUUCUUUUUUUGUUUUUAAAGCAUUCAUAACAGACCUUAUGUUUUCAUAACUGAGCAGCUGUGGCAGAAAAGCCAGAUUGAUGUUUCACAUAACUUGCAAACAGAAUUAAAAAGGAGAAUAUUA